AUGCCUGAGAUCAAUGAUACAGCUCUCGAGGCUCUGCGGAGCCGCCUAAAGACCGCGACGAUCUAUACAUCUGAGUCAGAGGGUUAUAAAGAGGUUAUAGUCCGCUGGUCGGACACUGGAAUGAAAUAUGCGGGCGUUGUAGUCCAGCCUAUUGACGCGAUUGAUAUCUCGAUCUCGGUGUCCUGGGCACAGGAGUAUAGCAUUGACCUUGCUGUGAAAGGCGGAGGUCAUUCAACCGCCGGCACAAGUUCGAGUGACGGUGGCUUGGUCAUUGAUCUGUCACGCAUGAACCAAGUGACAGUGGAUACCGAGCGGAAGACUAUCACCGCCCAGGGUGGAGCUACCUGGAAGGAAGUCGACGAAGCUGGUGCAGCCCACGGUUUGGCGGCCGUAGGAGGCACGGUGAACCACACCGGCGUUGGCGGACUCACUUUAGGGGGUGGUUAUGGCUGGCUGAGCGGAGAGUAUGGCCUCACUAUUGACAAUCUCCUGUCGGCGACCGUCGUUUUAGCCGAUGGCCGUAUUGUCACGGCCUCAGCCACCGAGAACUCCGACUUGUUUUGGGCGUUGCGAGGUGCAGGGUACAACUUUGGUGUCGUGGUAGACUUCACCUACCAGGCCUAUGACCAGAAAGAUCCAGUGUACUCUGGCCUCCUUGGAUUCACCCCCGACAAGCUGGAAGGAGUUAUGGAUGCACUGAACGAAUCCCUGGCAAACCCUGACUCUCGCUUCGGUGCGAUGUCCAUUUUUGCGUUGGCACCAGAUGGAUCUGGGCCGAUGAUCAUCGUGAUUGGCUUCUACAACGGCCCACGCGAAGAAGGCCAGAAGAAAUUCACCAGCUUCACAGCCCUUGGGCCAGUUCUGAAUACCCUUGAUAUGAUCCCAUACUCCGUGGUGAACACCCUACAGAACCCCCAAGCGACCUACGGUGAUCGAAAGUCCUUUAAGGGCAUCUUCUAUGAGCCGCCAUUGGAUCCUCAGUUUGCGAGAGUGAUCUUCAAUGAUUUCAUUGCAAAGAUUCAGAGUGAACCAGAUCUCAAGACAUCUGCCAUCAUUCUCGAGUUUACCGACAUGCGCAAGAUUUGCGAAGUGCCGCUGACUGAAACCGCGCUCGCAAGCCGAAAUCCUACUCAGAAUGGGAUCAUCUACUUAAGAUGGACCGACCCGUCCAAAGAUCUGGCGCACCGCGCAUGGGCACGAGAAGUCCAGUCCAAGUGGAAAGCUGAAUUGGAUGCCAGAACCAAAGACCAGGGUGCGGAUUCGAGCGUGCCUCAGUACAUCAACUACGCAGAACCUGGUGACUCGGUAGUAAGCAAUAUCUACGGCGAGAACCUCCAGAGACUGAAAGAGGUGAAGGCGAAGUACGAUCCCAAGAACAUUUUCCACAAAAUGCAGCCGAUUCCAACGGGCGCAUCUGUUAGCAAGAAGGAAUAG